AUGACUCUGGUUCUGUCCAUGAAUAGAUUCUGCGAGCCCAUUGUCUCGGAAGGAGCUGCUGAAAUUGCUGGGUACCAGACACUAUGGGAGGCUGACAGCUACGGAGGCCCAAGCCCCCCUGGGCCAGCACAGGCUCCUCUGCAGGGAGACCGGGGAGCCGGUCCCCCGCUGGCAGGAUCACAUUACAGGGGAAUUUCAAAUCCUAUAACAGCAUCCAAGAUCACAUACUUUAAGAGGAAGUAUGUGGAAGAAGAGGAUUUUCACCCACCACUCAGCAGCUGUAGCCAUAAAACCAUCUCAAUUUUUGAGGAACGAGCCCACAUCCUUUAUAUGUCAUUAGAAAAGCUAAAGUUUAUCGAUGAUCCUGAGGUAUACCUGCGAAGAUCUGUCCUUAUAAACAAUUUGAUGAAAAGGAUCCAUGGAGAAAUCAUCAUGCAGAGUAACUGGUGCUUUCCUGCCUGCUCUUUCAAUGGCACCUCUGCUCAAGAGUGGUUCAUGGCUCAAGACUGUCCCUACCGAAAACGACCACGGAUGGCCAAAGAGGAGUGUGAAAAAUUUCAUGCCUGCUGCUUUUACCAAGAAUGUGGUGGUCACUACCUAAAUGUACCCCUUUCUGUCCAUGCUAGCGUUGGAAGUGCCUCCACCACUGUCCCCUCUUCCUCCUCAUCCUCCUCUUCCUCUCCCCCUCUACCUUUACCGAGUUGUUCCCACCAGGUGGAUUUUGACGUAGGCAGCGCACCUAUUUACAAGGGUGAUGGCCAGAUACCUGCCAAUGAAAUCUUUGUUACUAAUGUCAGGUCGCUAGGUGUUCAGGAAAAGGCCACCUUAAGUGAUGAGAAAGCAAAUCAUGACACCAACAGGGAUGGUGGCCCCAUAAGCCAUGAACCUGUGGGAAAUGACCUGGCUUUUGAGUGCAAAGGCCAAUUUUAUGAUUAUUUUGAGACUGCAUAUAAUGAAAAAAGCAAUGUGAGCGAGUCUUGGAAAAAAUCCUUAAGGAAAAAGGAGCCUUCACCAAGUAACAAACUGUGCUGCAGCAAAGGGAGUAAAAUAUGAGCCAUCUUUUCACCGAAACUCUGAAGCAUGCACAGCAUGAUCAAUUAGCUCUCAUAAAUUUUAUUUUGAAUGGAUUUUAUAGUUUUGUACAACUGAUAAAAUUAUGCCAUGAACAUGCCGUGUCGUUUUAAUGCCUGGAGAGCAGAUUGCAUAAAACAUCUGUAUAGUAGGCAUCAGCGAGCUACUUAUAAAUGUGGUGAUUUUGCCCAAAAACCAGCUGACUUAAUGCUUAAAAGUAGACCUUACUUUUCUUAUGGAAAAGGUCAGUAGAUUAGCCUGGGGGCAGUGUGCCCUUGUGAUCUUUCCAUUACCCCCAAGGAAUCUGUCACUAGCCAGGAAACUUCCAACAUGUUCGCCAACUAAUUAGGUAGUUAUUUGGUAAGCAAACCAAAACAACCAGCAAAAGAUGCCUGCUUCUACAUGACUAUUGUUUUUCUGAAUAAAAGACUGAAGACAGGGAGCUAGAUGAAGUGGCCUCGUGGUGCCGUUAAGUAUUUAUAUUUAACAGUCUUGCGUGACAGAUGAAAAGAGGAUGGAACAUAAUGA